AUGGCUGCUUACGCUGCAGCUGCUUAUUUUCGGAUUGUGGACCGUGGAACCGUUCGGUGUACUCUUGUAGCGUCCAAAACCAAAGUGGCGCCCCUUAAGCAACUGUCAGUGCCAAGGCUUGAGCUCCAAGCAGCUGUAAUCGGUACAAGGUUGAUGAAGACAAUUGCGUCAAGUCAUACCCUUCGGAUAAAAAGGAAAAUACUGUGGACUGAUUCUAACACCGUGUUAGCCUGGCUCAGAGCGGAUCAACGAAGGUUCCACCAGUUUGUGGCGUUCAGGGUAGGAGAGAUUUUGGAAUCCACCGACGUAAACGAUUGGAGGAAAGUACCCUCAAAAUGGAAUGUUUCCGACGAAGCAACAAAAUGGGGUAAUGGUCCAGAUGCCUCUGAAGAAUCCCGGUGGCUUCGUGGACCAUCGUUUCUCUACCAAGAUGAAGCAGAAUGGCCAGGUCAUAAGGAAGAAGAAUGGAGUACAGCAGAAGAAAUGCGGAAUAUAAUAACGAUCCAUCGAUGCAGCGUAACCGGAACGGUGCAGUUUGAGCGUUUUUCCAAAUGGGAACGAUUGGUGCAAGCCAUGGGAUAUGUUCGACGAUUCCUAAAUAACUGUCUUAGAAAGAGAAACAACUUGCCGUGCCUGACUUCAAAGAAUCUUUGCAGUAAAGAGUUGCAGGAAGCAGAGAUUAUGGUGUUGAAAUUGGUUCAACUUGAGGUCUACCCGCAAGAAUUUGCUGUGCUUGAAGCGCUGCAGAAAGAUUCGUCGCAUCAUCCGAAACAAAUCGAGAAGAAAAGCCGUAUCUACAAGUUGAAUCCUUUCAUCGGAGCAGAUGGAUUGAUCCGCAAGGACGGGCGAAUUGGUGCAGCUCCCGCAGUAGCAGAUGACGCAAAAUUUCCGGUGAUACUACCGAAAGACCACUACGUAACAAUGCUGAUUAUCGACGGAUAUCACCGAAAGUUUGCACACGCAAACAAUGAAACCAUCGUGAAUGAGCUCAGGCAACGAUUCCAUGUGUCGGAGAUAAGAGUAGCUGUGGGGAAAGUAGCGAAGUCCUGUACAUUGUGUAAGGUACGCAAAGCGGUUCCACGACCACCUCGUAUGGGCCCUCUCCCGGAAGCACGUUUAACUCCCUAUAUCAGGGCGUUCACUUUUACCGGGUUGGACUACUUCGGUCCCGUAACUGUACGAGUAGGGCGCACGAACGUGAAGAGAUGGGCAGCAUUAUUUACCUGCCUCACAACAAGGGCAAUUCACCUUGAGGUAGCCUUUACGUUGUCGACCGAAUCAUGCAAACUUGCCAUUCGUCGGUUUAUAGCUCGCCGUGGUGCACCGUUGGAGAUAUACUCUGAUCAAGGACUAAAUUUCCAAGGAGCAAGGAAGGAGUUGCGCGAAGAAAUUCGAAAGCUGAAUCAAGAGUUGGCUUCAACCUUCACAAACGCAGCCACACAGUGGAAGAUGAAUCCGCCUUAUGCUCCUCAUAUGGGAGGUAUAUGGGAGCGGUUAGUACGCUCAGUGAAACUGGCAUUGGCAGCCAUGGAGACAUCGAGAAACCCUGAUGAUGAAACCUUUCAAACCGCAUUGACAGAAGCUGAAUCCAUCGUAAACACACGGCCGCUUACAUAUCUACCCUUGGAUUCCGCAGAGAGUGAAGCGCUGACACCUAAUCAUUUCCUGCUUCUUAGCUCGAAUGGAGUAUGCCAGCCAGUCGCUAAUCCGGUCGAAGUGAAGUCCACGCUUCGUGCCAACUGGAACCAUGUGCGCGUAAUGCUGGACCGUUUUUGGACAAGAUGGGUUACCGAGUAUCUACCGGUCAUUGCAAGGCAGUCGAAGUGGUUCGGGGAAACUAAGCCCGUACGAGUGGGAGAUUUGGUGAUAGUGGUGGAUGAGGCAAGAAGGAACAGCUGGGAACGAGGAGUAGUUGUGAAGGUGAACCUUGGAAAAGACGGGCGCAUACGGAGCGCGGAUGUGAAAUCGAAGGCAGGCGUAUUUCUUCGUCCAGUAACUAAGCUGGCGGUCUUGGACGUGCUAGAUGAAGAUUGUAUGGCUGAAGACAGAACUUCAAGCAAUACGGGUCCGGGUAUGUGCACAACGAUUCAAGACCCCUCGCCAUCAGCUAAAACCGUUUAG